AUGAUCCACGCAUCCUCCAUUUUGCUCGCUCUCCUGGUCGUUUCGUCUGCUUCUGCUGCUCCUCUACUGGCACGGGCGGAAGAGAUCCUUGACAGUGCCUUUCAGUCAUCUUUGGCUGCAGAAAUUAUGAACAGCUUCCCUACGAGCACCAGUGUCGAUCCAAGCUCUGCGGCACCUUCGGAGCCAACAUCUAUCUCUGCGUUCUUCCCCCUGAGAUCACCCAUACCACAUCAUUCUCUCCUUCCUGAGCCAAUCGUUGGUCGUGAUUAUGAACUUGACACUUUGACCGAGCUUAGUGCUAGGGUAGAUGCUGAAGGCGCUGCCAGACGUGAAUUGUUGGAGGCCCGUCGCCACCCCGCGCGGGACCUCGAGGCGAGGACUCCGAAAAUCCCCAUCUUCGAAGGACCUGGACCGGUGCUGUCUCCUACUUCGCUUUUACCCUUGUCGCUGGUCGAGCCAAGUGCGACCGUGACGGCCACUGCGUCCACAACCGAUGAUGAUACAAGUAGCGCAUUACCUACUUCUGUGCCUUUAGAGGACCCGUUGAUUCUCGCUCCGACACCUUCGCCUUCAGUGCAGGCGGGAUCUAGUCCGCUAUCUCAGGCUCUGGCUUCUGCCAGAGUAUUAGAGGGACGUGAUGUGCUGGAGGUCCUACGUCACUACAUCAGAGAUCCCAAGAAUCUAUUGGGGACACCUUUUUCACCACAGGGUAUCCCUCACUUGGGACCAUUUCCCGCGACGAUCGAUGCAUUUCCCACCAGCAGUAUCGCUUCUCCCACUGCGACUUCGUCAGAGAAAACGGGGUUUGGAAUCCGUCCACAGGCGACUACUAACAGCAUCCCACCGAAUCUUCCCGUAGAUGAUCUUCCCAUAAAUAAGAUUCCCGUACUAGAUGAUUGA